AUGUCUAUAAGAAGUGCUCUGUUUUCGUACAAACUGUCGCCGAACCAAGAGUUUGAUGACUCGGCUGUGGAAGCGGUUCUGAAGCAACAAUUCUCGGGCCUAUCGCUGGCCAGUCGUGUCCAACUCGUGGACGGAGUUCUGGUGGUGCUGUCGGCCGCCGAGAAUCGGCUCACAAUCACAGUUAGACACUACUCGUCGUCACGAUUGGUGUCGAUCACCGCCGAAGAGUGUGUAGAGUCGGAAGCGUUGGGCAAAACCAAUAGUUUGCUCAACAACUCAAACGCUGAGAAAUUGCGCUCAAAACUGGUUUCGGCACUAAAUGUACCAAAAGUAGAGCGAAUCCCGACUCUGAAGAAGUGGACAACUGUUCCCAAUUAUUACUGCUCGUCCGACGAACGCCUUCUGGAGUACGACUUCAACGAAGUGGUCUUUGAGGAGCACUCGCAGUACCAACACAUCAAAAUCCUGGGCUCGCCAUCGCUCGGCAAUUGUCUACUUCUGGACGAUCUCCAGAAUCUGGCCGAACGUGACAUCGAGUAUACGCGAGGACUCAUGAAAUUCGGCGAAAUCUCAUACAAAGACAAAGAGGUGUUAAUUCUCGGCGGAGGAGACGGAGGACUACUCCACGAACUGCUCAAAGAGGGGCCGAAGUUUGUCACAAUGGUUGACAUCGACGCUAUGGUUAUGAACGCGUGCAAAGUUCAUCUUCGGGGCGCAUGCGGUGACACUCUGGACAACUUCGACGGACCCAACUAUAAGGUGAUUGUCGGCGAUUGUCUGCAAUACAUGGAACAGUACAUCCGUGAGGGCCGCUCUUUCGACUAUGUGUUCAACGACUUGACUGAUAUCCCGAUCAGCGCCGCCGACAACAAAGACGCCGGUCUGGACGGCGACGAAGACUUGUGGACAUUCUUCAAACGCAUUCUCGAUCUGGCGCUACAACUCGUCAAACCGGACGGCACUUAUUUGAAUCACGCCAUAGGAAUCGGAUGCAAAUCAACGCUCGACACAUACGAAGAGCUACUCCGGAACCUCUCGGUUAAGGUGCGGUUCGCCCGUCACUCGGCGUUUGUGCCCUCAUUUAUGGAGGACUGGGUUUUCUAUCGCAUUUGGAAAGCCUGAUGAAUGAUAACUCUUUAGAUUAUUAUUAUUAACUAUUAUUCUAAUUAUAUAUUAAUUAUAAUUAAUUACAAUUAGACUUAUAGACCGAUUCAUCACUUCGAAUAGACUUUAAAUAAUAUCCAUUUUUCCAAUUUCUAAUUGAAAAUUAUAGCACAACUACUAAAUCAAACAAUUUUUACAAAGUUUUACCUCAAAAUAUAUCUCACAAUAUUUAGUCAAACUAUAUUUGCAUACAAAUUGAAUGCAUAAUUACAUACCAAUUCUGGUCAACAAAUUACUAGUGAUCACAUAAUUCCUUGCAAUUGUUAUUAUUAUUAGACA